CUGCUUUCGGGAAGCGGUCGGGGCUGCACACUCGGAGCGGCGGGGCCGGCUCCAGGGCCCGGCCGGCUGGAGGAGGGAGGGGAGGAGGCGGGAGGGAGCGAGCGGAGCCAGGGGCGCACGUACGCCCCAGCGCUGGGAUUGAUCGGCUCGCGGGGAGAGCGGAGCAGGCGCGCGGCCCAGGCGGAGGAGCGCCGACUCUGGAGCAGCCGGAGCUGGAGGAGGAGGAGGAGGAGAGGCGGCGGGGAAGGAGGAGGAGGGGGAGAGUCGCUCCCGCCGGGCGAGCAUGGGGCGCCUGGCGCCGAGGCCGCUGCUGCUGGCGCUCCUGUGGCUGGGUCUUUGUCAAGGGCGUGUGGUGAGAGUCCCCAGAGGGACCCUGGUUCGAGUGGUGGGCACUGAGCUGGUCAUCCCCUGCAACGUCAGUGACUAUGAUGGUCCCAGCGAGCAGAACUUUGACUGGAGCUUCUCAUCUUUGGGGAGCGACUUUGAGGAGCUUGCAAGCACCUGGGAGGCGGGGUUCCCAACCCAGCUGUACCAGGAGCGGCUGCAGAGGGGCGAGAUCCUGUUAAGGCGGACUGCCAAUGACGCCGUGGAGCUCCACAUCAAGAACGUCCAGCCUUCAGACCAAGGCCACUACAAAUGUUCCACCCCCAGCACAGAUGCCACUGUCCAGGGCAACUAUGAGGACACAGUGCAGGUUAAAGUGCUGGCCGAUGCCCUGCACGUGGGCCCCAGCGCGCGGCCCCCGCCGAGCCUGAGCCUGCGGGAGGGGGAGCCCUUCGAGCUGCGCUGCACUGCCGCCUCCGCCUCGCCGCUGCACACGCACCUGGCGCUGCUGUGGGAGCUGCACCGCGGCCCCGCCCGGCGGAGCGUCCUCGCCCUGACCCACGAGGGCAGAUUCCACCCGGGCCUGGGGUACGAGCAGCGCUACCACAGCGGGGGCGUGCGCCUCGACACCGUGGGCAGCGACGCCUACCGCCUCUCGGUGUCCCGGGCGCUGUCGGCCGACCAGGGCUCCUACAGGUGUGUCGUCAGCGAGUGGAUCGCCGAGCAGGGCAGCUGGCAGGAAAUCCAAGAAAAGGCCGUGGAAGUUGCCACCGUGGUGAUCCAGCCGACAGUCCUGCGAGCAGCUGUGCCCAAGAACGUGUCUGUGGCUGAAGGAAAGGAACUGGACCUGACCUGCAACAUCACAACAGACCGCGUGGAUGACGUUCGGCCUGAGGUGACGUGGUCCUUCAGCAGGACUCCUGACAGCACCCUGCCUGGCUCCCGCGUGUUGGCGCGGCUUGACCGUGAUUCCCUGGUGCACAGCUCACCUCAUGUUGCGUUGAGUCAUGUGGACGCACGCUCCUACCAUUUACUGGUUCGGGAUGUUAGCAAAGAAAACUCUGGCUACUAUUUCUGCCACGUGUCCCUGUGGGCACCCGGACACAACAGGAGCUGGCACAAAGUGGCAGAGGCCGUGUCUUCCCCAGCUGCUGUGGGUGUGACCUGGCUAGAACCAGACUACCAGGUGUACCUGAAUGCUUCCAAGGUCCCUGGGUUUGCCGAUGACCCCACAGAGCUGGCGUGCCGGGUGGUGGACACGAAGAGUGGGGAGGCGAAUGUCCGAUUCACGGUUUCGUGGUACUACAGGAUGAACCGGCGCAGCGACGACGUGGUGACCAGCGAGCUGCUCGCAGUCAUGGACAGGGACUGGACGCUAAAGUACGGAGAGAGGAGCAAGCAGCGGGCCCAGGACGGAGACUUUAUUUUUUCUAAGGAACAUAUAGACACGUUCAAUUUCCGGAUCCAAAGGACUACAGAGGAAGACAGAGGCAAUUAUUACUGUGUGGUGUCUGCCUGGACCAAACAGCGGAACAACAGCUGGGUGAAAAGCAAGGAUGUCUACUCCAAGCCCGUUAACAUAUUUUGGGCAUUAGAAGAUUCUGUGCUUGUAGUGAAGGCGAGGCAGCCAAAGCCUUUCUUUGCUGCAGGAAAUACAUUUGAGAUGACUUGCAAAGUAUCUUCCAAGAAUAUUAAGUCACCACGUUACUCUGUUCUCAUCACCGCUGAGAAGCCUGUCGGCGACCUCUCCAGUCCCAAUGAAACGAAGUACAUCAUCUCUCUGGACCAGGAUUCGGUGGUGAAGCUGGAGAACUGGACAGAUGCAUCACGGGUGGAUGGCGUUGUGUUAGAAAAAGUGCAGGAGGAUGAGUUCCGCUAUCGAAUGUACCAGACUCAGGUCUCAGACGCAGGGCUGUACCGCUGCAUGGUGACAGCUUGGUCUCCUGUCAGGGGCAGCCUUUGGCGAGAAGCAGCAACCAGUCUCUCCAAUCCUAUUGAGAUAGACUUCCAAACCUCAGGUCCUAUAUUUAAUGCUUCUGUGCAUUCGGACACACCAUCAGUCAUCCGGGGAGAUCUGAUCAAAUUGUUCUGUAUCAUUACUGUCGAGGGAGCAGCGCUGGAUCCAGAUGACAUGGCCUUUGAUGUGUCCUGGUUUGCGGUGCACUCCUUUGGUCUGGACAAGGAUCCUGUGCUCCUGUCUUCCCUGGAUCGGAAGGGCAUUGUGACCACCUCCCGGAGGGAGUGGAAGAGCGACCUCAGCCUGGAGCGUAUGAGUGUGCUGGAAUUCUUGCUGCAAGUUCAUGGCUCCGAGGACCAGGACUUUGGUAACUACUACUGUUCCGUGACUCCAUGGGUGAAGUCACCAACAGGUUCCUGGCAGAAGGAGGCCGAGAUCCACUCCAAGCCCGUUUUUAUAACUGUGAAGAUGGAUGUGCUGAACGCCUUCAAGUAUCCCUUGCUGAUCGGCGUCGGUCUGUCCACUGUCAUCGGGCUCCUGUCCUGUCUCAUCGGGUACUGCAGCUCCCACUGGUGUUGUAAGAAGGAGGUUCAGGAGACCAGGCGCGAGCGCCGCAGGCUCAUGUCCAUGGAGAUGGACUAGUCUGGCCCGGGAGGGGAGUGACGGAGGGACGUUCUAGGAGCGAUUGGGGCAAGAAGAGGACAGCGAUAUUUUAAAACAAAGUGUGUUACACUAAAAACCAGUCCUCUCUAAUCUCAGGUGGGACUUGGCGCUCUCUCUUUUCUGCAUGUCAAGUUGUGAGCGCAGACAUGUUUACCAGCACACGGCUCUUCUUCCCAUGGCACUUUCUGAUGUAACAAUCGAGUGUGUGUUUUCCCAACUGCAGCUUUUCAAUGGUUAACCUUCAUCUAAUUUUUUUUCCUCCCACUGGUUUAUAGAUCCUCUGACUUGUGUGUGUUUAUAGCUUUUGUUUCGCGGGGUUGUGGUGAGGAAGGGGUGAUGGCAUGUGGAGUUCUUCAUCUUCAGCGAGAGUGUGCCUGCCCGCCUGAGAGCCAGCUUCCGCGCUGGAGGCAUGGGUUCAGAGAGCUGCCGAGCCCACCCUCCACCCGGCCGACCUGAGCGACAACACAGACCUGUGCCGAAGGCUGAUUUGUGGCUUUUACGACCCUACCCCAACCCCUAUUUUCAGGGGUUUAGACGACAUUUGAAAUCUAAACUUGGAAUAUAUAACUUCUUAUUGAGCCCAAAUGCUUUUUUCUUUUCUUUUUCUUUCUCUCUCUUUUUUUUUUUUUUUUGCUUCUUUGCCCCUUUUCCAUUUCUUUUGUAUUUGUUUUCUGUAAGAGCGCUGAGAUGGCGGCCCUGGAAUCUAGAAUUUGGCUCUCCACUGAGCACCUUAUCUUGCCACCUUAGCCUUAAGAAUGAGUAUGAAGAAAAAUACACAGCCACCUCUGUCCAGGGCAGUGAGAAGGGCUGCAAGGAAUGGGAGGUUGGGGACAAGGAAAGGAACAGACACCUGCUCCAGAAGUUGUGAGGCCACUGUGCCUCAGGGGUCCCCAGGGAGAGCAGAAUAGGGAUCCCAGGAAGUUAUUUUUACGGAGAUGGAGCUGGGAGGGUCAGUGGUGCCAGGUACAAAUUAGUCUGAAGAAGCCACCUCCAUUCCUCUCUCUUGCCCACUGUGAGAGGCAAAGGCACUGGUCACCAAGACACUUGCAGGGGGACCCACAGAUAUGCCACCCCCUUCACACGCUGCUUGGGCUCUUUAACGUGAAGACAAAUUGCUGCUUGCAAGACGGACUGACUUCAAGGAAUUAGAAAUUACCUAGAAGCACCAUGUAUUUUCUGUGACCUUUUCAGUCCUUCAGGUCUUUUUCAGAUCUGCUGCAGGGGGUUAGUGAGAAAGGGUAGACUUUGUGGUAUGUUUACUUUCCUAAUAGGGACAUGAAGGAAACCCAGCAAUAUACUGUCAUGUGAACGGCCUGUAGACGGAGUCAGGAGCGGUCUGCUUUGCCUGACUGCGCGCAUCAGGAAUAGGGGAGUAGACAGAGAUCUUCCACGCCCCGGGCUUCUGCUGCUGCUUUAAAAGCUCUCCCCUCUGAGCCUCCUGCUCCCUGAAGCGUCUCGCCCCCUGCACAGCACUAGCCUUUUGGAAGCAUCCCAGUGGGGUUUUCUGAGGCUCACUGGUGACUCAUGCCCUAAUUGCAAUCCUCUGCUUUUAUCCUGGCUCUGAAGGAUCUAACACUGCUCUGUCUUCCAAAACAGAAAAAAAAGGAUUCAUUUGUUUUGAGCAAUAAAAUAAUACAAAAUGAUGGCCAUUCAUGUGCAGCUCUUUGUCAACAUGGGCCGGACGAGUUGUGCUCGUCCUGGCUCACCAUUUCCCCUGCUCCCCCACGGCUCGUUCUGCACUUAUCACAGAGUCACCCCUGGAGGCAGAUUCCCAUUGAGUUUUCCCCACCAAGGGGACCAUCCACGUGAUAGAAACAUUACUUUCUGCAUUGACAGUAGCCUUUCUUUGGCCCGGGCCUGUGGUAGGAAGAUGGCCAACAGGUAUGCCCCACCAGGGCCUGAGUGACUAGAGGAAGAGGACGAGGCCUUGUUGGCACUAGAUUUGGUAUUUUCUGCAUGUCAUAUCCUGACUGCUGUUUCAGAAGAGGUAGCUUGGAGGUGAUUGUACAAGUGAGAAUUAAAGAGAGAACAAAUAUAUAAACAGGUGCUGUAUUAGUGACAGCCAGUGUCCUUUGAGUCCUUGCAUCCAUUAAAAGGAGAUUCAGGAUUUUAUUGGCACAGGCCCUUCUUAGUAGGAAGAAAGGGAGCUUAGCUUUGGACGUGACUAGGUAGCCCAGGGUGUGUGUAAAACCGUGGACUGGGUCGCAGCAGACACUCGAUGGUGAUAAAUGUGACGGGUGCUUACACACUGUACCUUUUCCUUUCAUACUGAUGCUGCAGUUCAGGCCUGGAGUUGCUAAGGCAUUGACCUCCACCCACCUGCCCCACAUGCAUUGGGCUGCCCAAGCUGCAUGUCACCUGGGGGCUGCGACGAAGGGGCGAGAAAUCCCAGGGCAUUGUACCAAGGACCUAGUUCCUUCUAGCGAUAUAAAUUUGCCAGGAAUGUGUAUUUUUAACAUGGUGAGAUGCACUCUUUCAUUGUACCAAAUAGGGCUCCCUUCCCCUCCCUUGCAAUAAGUGCUCUUCUAGAAGAGGUUCCUACCAGUAGCACCGGUGAGAAUGAAAGAGGGACCCGUCCGCGUCUCACUCAACAAAAAGGAACUUUAUACAGUUUGGGUUUUUUUUCCUAAUCAUAAAAAAUAGCCCCAGAAAGAGCCUGAGCUAUGUUCAGAUAGAAGCCUCGAAAUUCCUGUAAAUUGUUUACUUUAUGAUGUUUACAUACACGUUUCACUUUAAAAAAAGAAGAAAAAUGCAAAUCAACUUUUUAACAGCUUUUCAGAGUUUUCAUGGGACAGUGGAACUCUGACUCACCAACUGGGCUGAAUUUUAAUUUAAAAAUGUAUUUAUUUGAGUGUCUUUCCUCCCGUCACCCCCACCACAUCUGAGGGGCUCCCUGAGAUCUUGGUAAAGGAGGCCCCUCCUGCCCAGACCUUGGUCUGUUUCCCCGGUGGCCCUUGCUUCUUGCUUUGCAGACUGCCUGCAGCCAUGAUUUUGUCACUGACAUCUGUGAGCCAAAGACUGAGCCUUUUUGGCAGGACUAAUAAGCAAUACUACACAACUUGCUACUUUCAGAAAACUUUUUUUUAGCUUCACCGAUGACAACAGAGGAAGAAGGGAACUGGGAUUUGGGUAAGUUCUCCUCCACUGUUUGACCAGAUUCUCAGUGAUAAAUAUGUGUGCAGAUGCCUAGAAGAAAAAAAGGUGACUUUCUUUUUAAGUGUGGCACAUGAGGAUCUGCAGAAUUUUCCGUAGACAAAGAAAGGAUCUUGUGUAUUUUUGUCCAUAUCCAAUGUUAUAUGAACUAAUUGUAUUGUUUUAUACUGUGACCACAAAUAUUAUGCAAUGCACCAUUUGUUUUUUAUUUCAUUAAAGGAAGUUUGAUUUAA